AUGAAAUUCUUGAUCAUGACUAUCUGCCUGUUCGUGCUGGCCUUCGCCCUGGUGUCGGCCGUCCCAGCAGUGCAGGACGAGGGUAUCUUCGGUGCCGAUGGAGCUGCGGACGAAACCCUGAACGUCCAGGACCCGCAGGCCUUCCUGCUGAAGAAGCUGCUGCUCAAGAAGAAAUUGCUACUGCUCGGUUAA